AUGCCUUUGCACUAUGCAUCGCUUUCUCUCUUGCUGGUCUCCGUUGUCUUGACGGGGAUGGCUCUCCGCGGAUUGUGUCUCUAUAUGCGGCUGCGGCAUGUCCCUAGCCCGCUGCUGAACAAGUUCCUGCGGAUCAAGCUCAGUUUCCACGAGCUCCGGCUUCAACGUAACGAAGCAAUCGCAAGCUGGCACGCCCGCUACGGCCCCGUAGUCUGCAUUGGGCCCAACGAAGUAUCCGUUGCGUCAUGCCAGGGGAUCAAGGAUAUCUACAGCUCGACCAACCAGUUCCCCAAGAGCGCCUACUUCGACCACUUUGCCGAAAGAGGCCACCGCUCCAUGUUUGCGACUCGCCCAUACAGAGAUCACCAGCGCAAGAGAGCCCUAACCUCGUCGUUCUACCAAGCCUCGAACAUCUACACGCGCCCCGAUAUCGAGGCCCACAUCCAGGAGAGAGUGACGGCCGUCCUUGGAUACAUCCGGCGGCGGAGCCAGGAGGGCACAAAUGUCGAUGUAUAUGCGUUGACUGACUGGUAUGGGUUCGACAUCAUAACAUACAUCGUGUUUGGCCAUGGCCAUGGCACGAGGACGGUUGAAGACCUGGCCUAUGAGCGGGAGCGUGAGAUUCUACGCCAUCUAAAGCAUCUCCAACGCUGGGGCCCAUUCCGUGUGCUGUUCCCCAGGCUCUUCGAGGCGGCCACCUCCGUCGCGAGCAGCGUCAUGCCCAGCCUCGAGUAUCUACAGGCCGACAAGAAGCUGUCCCGCUGGAGCCGCGAAAGGACGAGCCACAUACUGCAGAGCUCGACGCCAAACCCUCGGUGCCUGCUGGGAAAAUUAGCUGCCCGUUACCAUGGCGAGCAGCAGAGUCUCGGUGCAGGGCAAAAGAGCGCCGGUUUGAGCCGCGAGUUCAUAGCUGCCGAGGUCCUCGACAACAUCAACGCGGCCGAGGCCACCAUCGCAGUGACCGCCACGUACUUCCUCUAUCAUCUGAGCGCAAGCCCAGGCUGGCAAAGGCGGCUGGCAGACGAAGUGCGGCAGCUGCGCGAAAGCUCGGAGUGCGUGCCGCCAUUUUCAGCCGUGAAUCAACUGCCGAUCAUGGAAGCCUGCCUGAAAGAGGUGUACCGACUGCACCCGGCAUCGAGUGGCAGGGCAGAACGGGUGGUACCGUCCGGGGGACGAGUAGUAUCUGGUCUCUUUCUACCGGAGGGGGGCCUGAGACAGAUCAUUGUAACCAGCGCGGUUACAUCACUGCAGCGGAGAGGAACAGUGUUUCCGGACCCAGAUAGCUUCAGGCCAGAGCACUGGCUGCAGAACGACGCCCAAGGCCGUGCCAGGGAGAGAGAAGCCUAUUUGAUUCCAUUCGGACACGGGGCGCGACUCUGUCUGGGGAAGGCGCUUGCCACAAUGGAAAUCAAGAUGCUCAUCGCCGGCAUAUACCUUCACUAUGAGACGGCGCUCGCUGACUCCUGCACAGUGGAGUCCAUGAGGCAACUGAGUACCCAUGACGCUGUGCCGAGCGGCUUGAGAUGUGAGAUUGUCUUCCGGAGGUUGGAUUAG